AUGAUUCACAAUAUUAAGAAGAUAGAAGCUGCUGGUAAGAAGACAGAAGAAGGGAAUGCCUUGUUCAAAGCUGGUAAAUAUGCAAGAGCUUCUAAAAGAUAUAAGAAGGCUGUGAAGUACAUAGAGUAUGAUACUGCCUUUGGCGAAGAGGAGAAGAAAAGUGCCAAGGCCUUGAAAGUUGCUUGUAAUUUGAAUGACGCAGCAUGCAAGUUGAAGUUGAAAGAUUAUAAACAAGCAGCGAAAUUGUGUACAAAGCUUGAGAGCACAAACGUGAAAGCUCUUUAUAGAAGGACUCAGGCAUAUAUUCAGUUGACUGACUUAGAUUUGGCUGAACUUGAUAUCAAGAAAGCUCUUGAGAUUGACCCUAACAACAGGGUUGUGAAGCUUGAGGACAAGACUUUGAAGGAAAAGGUGAAAGAGAUCAACAAGAAAGAUGCAAAAUUUUAUGGAAAUAUGUUUAGCAAAAUGAAAAAGUUGGAUUCUCUUGACAGUAAUAAAUCGGCGCCAAAGGAUGCUGAGCCUAUGAGUAUUGACAGCAAGGCAUAA